UCGUCACAAACCAUUUUCCAUGUGUAUGUCUUUGUAAGGCAGUGUUUGUGUGUUAGGGAAUUGGGUUUUUGACAGGUCUCAGUAUGUAUUACACAAGACACACCUACUAGUCCAACACCGGUCGGAUGUAAAGAGUAUCUGGUGUCACCCGCAGGUCCUGGAACAUCUUUUUUUGGUCUGUUUACCAGUUCAUGGUGAAUUUAAUUUGUUCUUCAAGUCUGCACCACUGAAUCUCACAGCAUGUCGGGAGCCUACGAUGAGGCCGCUAUGUCCGAUGAAACUACAGACAGUUUCUGGGAGGUUGGGAACUACAAGCGAACAGUGAAGCGGAUAGAAGAUGGUCAUCGUCUCUGUAACGACAUGAUGAAUUGCAUACAGGAGCGUGCCAAAAUAGAAAAGUCUUAUGCCCAGCAGCUCACCGACUGGUCGAAGAGAUGGAGACAGCUUGUGGAAAAAGGACCACAGUAUGGUACUCUGGAGAGAGCCUGGCUCGCCAUGAUGACCGAGGCUGAGAAAGUCAGCGAGUUGCAUCAGGAGGUUAAAAAUAAUCUGCUGAACGAGGACUUGGAGAAGGUGAAGAACUGGCAGAAAGAUUCCUACCACAAACAAAUGAUGGGCAGCUUUAAAGAGACCAAAGAGGCUGAAGAGGGCUUCAGAAAAGCCCAGAAGCCCUGGGCCAAAAAACUCAAAGAGUUGGAAACGGCGAAGAAAACGUACCACAUGGCCUGCAAGGAAGAGAAAAUAGCAUCAACAAGAGAGGCCAAUAGCAAAGCAGAAGCAUCUGUGACAUCAGACCAGCAAAAGAAACUUCAGGAGAAACUGGACAAGUGUAAAAAUGACGUUCAGAAGGCCAAAGAGAAAUAUGAUAAGAGUCUGGAGGAGCUCGGGAAGUGCACACCGGCGUACAUUGAGAACAUGGAGGCCGUGUUUGAACCCUGUCAGCAGUUUGAGGAGAAGAGGUUAAACUUCCUCCGUGAGGUUCUUCUAGAUAUCAAACGACAUCUCAACCUCACUGAGAACCAAAGCUAUGCCACAGUUUACCGGGACCUGGAGCGAACCAUCACGUCAGCCAGUGCUCAAGAAGAUCUAAAGUGGUUUAGUAAUAAUCAUGGGCCUGGCAUGCACAUGAACUGGCCACAGUUUGAGGAAUUCAAUCCAGAUCUGAGUCAUUCCAUAAAUAAGAAAGAAAAGGUUAAAAAGAACCACGAUGGAGUGACAUUAACACAAAUGUCAGUGGGCGGAGAUCAAGGCACACCGAGAACCGGAGACCGCGGCAGCUUGAGUAGCUACGAGAAGAACCAGCAGUAUUCUGCCGAAUGGUCCGACGAUGAGCCACCUGCCGCCCAACCAGUAGACGAAACCAACGGGGGUGAAAAUCCAUUCGAUGAGGACAGCAAAGGAGUGCGAGUCAGGGCGCUGUACGACUAUACGGGGCAAGAGCAGGAUGAGCUGACCUUUAAAGCAGGAGAUGAACUCAUCAAGCUAGAAGAUGAAGAUGAGCAGGGCUGGUGUAAAGGUCGACUGGUUAACGGUCAGCUAGGCUUGUACCCUGCUAACUACGUGGAGCCCAUUUAAUAGUUUUGUGUGCUGAGCAACCUUUCCACAUCCUUAAAGACUUGAACUCGAGAUUACAGAGCAACCAUCUCAAUGCCUGACUUACUGAAGAUGCAUUUCCACCUAAAUACAGUAACAAAACAUCUACAAAAACACAUAUCAUCAUUUCCUUCGUACCCCAGCAAGAGCAGGCAGUGGUUUUGUUCAUCUAAGUGGCCAUGUUCGGUAUGAAUUAUUGUGCUACUAACAUGUGUACAUGUACGGUCUGUAAUAUUAUUGUAAGUCCAUGAAGGCUUGCAUAGCAAAAUUCAGCUAUGCAAUGUGAAACUUAAAAAAAGACUUUGGUGUUAUAGUGUUGAAACUAGUGACCCUGUCGUAUUACAGUCCAUUUUGAUUUGAAGGGAUUGAAAAACACGGCUUGCUGACAUCAUCCAAAAAAAAGGAGAGACUCCAAGGAUAAAUGUUUCUUUGUUUGGCAAAUAAAUCAAACACAGUAAGCCCAGAAAAAUGUAAUAUAAAUAAUAAAAUAAUUUUGCUUUUAUCCAUUUCAAGUGCAGAUAAACACAUUUAAAUGAAAUGCUCUCCAUAUUUAUUUAAUGUUUUUUACCCUUUAUAAAAUUUAUUUAAUGAAAACGUAAACGUCCAUGAACAAAUUCUGAACUUUAACAUUGAUGGACAACAAGAGAUUUCACGACUGUCAAACUGUGAUGUUUUAAAUGAAAUCUGGACACAUGUAAAGCUUAGAAAGUGAGUUUGAAUUAAAUUUUUUAUGCCUUUUUGCCUUUAUUAUCUACCUGCAAAUGUCUUAUGUGCAAUCCAUAACAGAUUCAAUGGGCUGAGCAACUUCUGCUUGUAUUGUGUAAGAAAAUGUUUUACAGUAAUAGUUAUUAUUGUUUAUGGUGAUUUUGUUUUUUUAUGUUCAUAACACUGUAGCUUUGUGUUUUUACUCAGACUUGAUGUUAUUGCUCCGUUAGCUGUUAUGGAUUGUGUCUUUAACACUGGACAAAUGAGGUGAUGAUGUAUAUACUGUGUCCGAUGUCGUUUUAACUCAUGUCAGUGUAGUGCACAAUAAAACUCAUCAGUCCCAGAUGUUCAGAGUAGAGCACAAUACUUUGUUUCACCACUAGAGGUCACCAGUGCAGAAGCCCUUUACCACCGUCUUGACUGUUUGUACAGGUGAAUGUCAUGAAAAUCUCCAGGUCAUAUAUCAUACCAAGGUAUUUCUGAUUAAAACAAUGUCACAAUGCAAAA